AUGGCCCCAGCACAGAAACCACCCCCGCCCCCCCCAGCUACACCCCGCAAAUGCCCCGUUUGGCCCAGUGUGUCCCUCGGCGGGGAGUGGGGACCCUCACGCCUGCACCGAGCCCAGGCGAGGCAGGCUGGGUGGCGUGGGCAGCGGGGAGAGGGACGCUUCAGCCAGCGAGGCACAGAGCAACGCAGGACCCUGUCCUCCAGGCAGCAGCUGAACCGAGCCCUUCUUGCAAAACAAGUCCCACUGCCCUUGGUUCUCGUGGCCUUUCGUACCCCAGCUGCUCGCACCCUCGGCUCUGCAUCGCUCUGGCGUGGGCACCUGUCAGAAGAUGCUGGGCGCUGGCCUGGGCGCAGCAGAGGACCUCGGAGGAGCCUUCGGGGAGAGCUGGCCCGCAGCACAGAUCCUGUGUGCUGGCUCCGGAAGGUCCCGCCUGGCACGGCCGCACUCAGGCAGCGGGAGCCGGAGCCCAACGUGCCUCAACCAAGCGGCAUCGAGCUGAAUAUUCCUGAAGAAAGCUUGUAUGUGAAAUGUAAUGGACGGCUGGUUAAUGAUGAAGACAUUUUGCAGAAUGGAGCCGUUUAUAGUCUGGAGCCAAGACUUUGUGGUGGAAAAGGAGGGUUUGGAUCUAUGCUGCGAGCACUUGGUGCUCAGAUUGAAAAGACAACAAACAGAGAGGCUUGCCGAGAUCUCAGUGGAAGGAGACUUCGAGAUGUCAAUCAUGAGAGAGCGAUGGCUGAAUGGGUGAAGCAGCAAGCAGAACGGGAAGCAGAAAAGCAGCAAAGGCGCUUGGAAAGGCUGCAGCGGAAACUUGCGGAGCCAAAGCACUUUUUCGUAAAUCCAGAGUACCAGCAGCAGUGUCAUGAAAUGGCUGAGCGACUAGAAGAUUCAGUCCUUAAAGGAUUGCAGGCCACUUCAAGCAAAAUGGUGUCACCAGAGAGUGGCAAUAGUCGGAAGCGUCCAGGUGAAUCUGGAAAGAAUGGAACAAAAUCUCGAAAAAGAAAAUGUUUUUGGCUGGGAUUGGAAGGAUUGGAUGAUCGCGACAGUUCGGAUUGUGAGGAUGACAGUGAAGAUAACUCCCCUCAUGCAUCUGGCGGAAGUUGUCCCCCAAGCAGCAGAUGUAAUGAAAGCGCUGGGAACUCGAAUGAAUGUUCAAGCAGCUCUCUGGAUUCGGUAGGGGAUAGUCCAGCUACCAGUGCAACUGAGAAACCAGUGGAGCAGCCAGAAGGUACUGGAAGAGAUCUGCAAGCAGAGGCACACGCAGGUGGGCAAGCUGAAAUUCCAGCUGAAGAAAACAGCAAAAUGACAAAGCCCUUGAAGGAAGAGGCUCAAGAAAAGAAUGAGGUAACCCAACCUCUGAAGGAAGAGGAGCAAGAAAAUGUUUCUUCUAAGGCACAGGAAACGAACCAGUUACAGAGCACAGAGGUGGAACCAAUAGACCUACUGGCAUUCAACUCUGCUGCUGAAAUGGAAGCCUUGGGAUUGGAUAAACUGAAGAUGCAACUGAUGUCUUUAGGAUUGAAAUGUGGAGGCACUUUGAAGGAAAGAGCAGCAAGGCUUUUUUCAGUGAGAGGUCUGUCUAGAGACCAGAUCGAUCCUGCCUUGUUUGCAAAGCCCUCUAAAGGGAAAAAAAAGUAA